AUGGACUUCCCCAACGGCAGCAGCACUGGCUGGAGCAACGAAAGCGCCAGCCCGGGAGAGCUGGACCCCAGGGCGGUUUCUAUUUUCAGUAUCCUCAUCCUGAUUUUGCUGGCCAUCCUGGUGUUGGCCACCUUCCUGUGGAACGUCUUGGUGCUGGUCACCAUCCUGCGGGUCAGGACUUUCCACCGGGUGCCCCACAACCUGGUGGCCUCCAUGGCCAUGUCGGACGUGAUGGUGGCCGCCCUGGUCAUGCCCCUGAGCCUGGUCCACGAGCUGAACGGGCGCCGCUGGAGGCUGGGCAAGGUGCUGUGCCAGCUCUGGGUCUCCUGCGAUGUCCUCUGCUGCACGGCCAGCAUCUGGAACGUGACGGCCAUCGCCCUGGACCGCUACUGGUCCAUCACCAGGCACCUGGAGUACACGCUGAAAACCAGGAAGAAGAUCUCCAACAUCAUGAUCGCCCUGACCUGGGCGCUCUCCGCCGUCAUCUCCCUCUCCCCCCUCUUCGGCUGGGGGAAGACCUACUCCGAGCAGGACGACCAGUGCCAAGUCAGCCAGGAGCCCUCUUACACCAUCUUCUCCACCUUCGGCGCCUUUUACCUGCCUCUCUGCGUGGUCCUGUUCGUCUACUGGAAAAUUUACAAAGCUGCCAAGUUUCGAAUUGGAUCCCGCCGGACCAAUACCAUCACUCCAAUGCCCGAAGUGGUGGAGGUGAAAGAGGCGAGCCAGCAGCCUGAGAUGGUCUUCACUGUCCGCCACGCCACGGUCACCUUCCAGACGGACGGCGAUACUUGGCGGGAGCAGAAAGAGAAGAAAGCGGCGCUGAUGGUCGGCAUUCUCAUCGGGGUCUUCGUGCUGUGCUGGAUCCCAUUCUUCAUCACCGAGCUCAUCAACCCGCUGUGCUCGUGUGACAUCCCCCCGAUUUGGAAGAGCAUCUUCCUGUGGCUCGGGUACUCCAACUCGUUCUUCAACCCUCUGAUCUACACGGCUUUUAACAAAAACUACAACAAUGCCUUCAGGAACCUCUUCUCCAGGCAGCGAUGA